CCUGGGACUGCAGUCCUAACGUGAAGCGAGCGCGCUGCGCUGCACUGUGACAGCAGCCGCUCCUGGAAUGAGACCGAACCAGGCAUAACGUGAGAGGAUGACAGGACUGCCAUUCUCCCGAGUUCCGCAAAGCGUUUCUUUCGCUUCUUGCUGACUUGACACCCCACACAAAUACCCACAUACACUUAAUACCAAACAAAAAAGGACGGGGUGGAAGAACACUCGACUUCUCCGUGAUAUAUAUAAUAUAUAUUGAAAAUCACCACGGUCAUGUCUGGAAAUCGGGUUCAGUUCGCAGGACUACCACCUCCGAGAGAUGCACAGGAUCGCCACGGAGUAGCACAUCAUGGGAAGACAAAUUUGCGUGUAACAUCAGCAGAUGACGCUGAACGCAUUAAAGCAAAGCAAAACUUUGCUAAUGGAAAUAACCGUACUUCAAGUACUAAAAUUGUUCGAAACAUCCCACGAAGACACACUGUAGGUGGAGCUCGCAGUUCAAAAGAAAUACUAGGAAUGCAGCCAUCAGAGAUGGAUAGGAAAAGAGAGGCUUUUUUGGAACAUCUGAAACAGAAAUACCCCCAUCAUGCAAAUGCGAUCAUGGGGCAACAGGAACGCCUUAAAGAACAGACUUUGCAAUGCAUGUUGGCCUCUCUUCAGUCAGAGCUUGAUAUGCAAACAUUCUUGAUGAAAAUUGAGAUAUCUCAGCGAAGUAGAAGCCCAAAACAUUUAAGAAGCUCCCAGCCUGGUCUCGGGGACCAGGCUGAACAUCUCUCUGUCGCCUCAGCAGAUUCCUUCGAGGCAAUGGCGGAACCAGAAGCGUCAAACACCUUUAACAGAGGGACUCGUUUGCGAGCAAGUCUACCAGUUGUUCGAUCAACUAAUCAGACAAAGGACAGAUCGUUGGGUGUGCUGUAUCUUCAAUACGGAGAUGAAGUGACACAGUUUGCAAUGCCAAAUGAAAUCACAACUAUGGAUACAGUUCAUGCACUCUUCGUACGUGCCUUCCCUAAGCAGCUCACAAUGAAAAUGUUGGAAUCUCAAAAUGUAGCUGUAUAUAUUAAGGAUGAGGCAAGAAAUGUCUUCUAUGAACUAUCUGAUUUAAGGAGCAUUCAAGAUCGUGCACUUUUAAAGGUUUACCACAAGGAUCCUGCCCAUAUUUCUUUGAAUCAUUCUUCGAGGGCUGUCAAUGGAGAUGUAAGGAUGCAAAGGGAGAUGGUUCACACAAAAGAUGCUCCUCCAUCCUUUCGACACCAUGGGCCUCUUCCUCAUGGACCACCAAGUUCACCACCAAUACCUCAAUCAAUGCCACCGUCUCCAUCUAGAAUUCCAUAUAAUGGAGGGAGAACCAUACCUAUGCCAGGCAGUGCCACUGUUCCCAGGGACAGACUGUCCAAUAUGCCACCAUCAAGGUCCAUCUCCCCCAGCCCAAGUGCCAUCUUGGAAAGAAGAGAUGUGAAACCAGAUGAGGAUUUAAGCGGUAAAAAUGUUGCCCUUUUCAGAAAUGAAGGUCUGUAUGCUGAUCCUUAUAUGUAUCUUGAUGGGCGAAUGAGUAUUGCUUCAUCCAGCACUGGAAUUCCUGGGGAUGUCCCAGACCAUAUCCUAUAUCACCGCCCUUCAUUGAGGUCUGGCAAUACAUAUCCAAGCACCAAUGUGCAGGCUGACCUAAUGGAGCAGUCGCUAUAUAGAAUAAAGCCAAGAAAAUAUUCUGACAGUUAUAUUCCGUCAAUUGUCUCCAAAACACCCCCACCUUCUCCUCAGAAGAUCAGUGAAAUGCGAAUCAUGGAUAUUCAUGGACAGAGUUCCCAUCUGAGUCAUCCUGUUCAACUUGAUAGGUCCUGUUCCAUACGGAGCUCCCUUAGGAAGGAUUCUGGGACAUCUAUAGCUAUGGAAGCAGCAGCUAUCAAGGCGCGCAGUGCUGCUUCCUCGCCCUCUGUUUCAGACGUCAUCCCAUUUUCAGCUGACAAGCAAAUGUCUGGGUACAGCAGCACUUCUGCAACACCGAAUGACCCAGAAACCAGGGAGCGAAUGAAGGCUAUGGAGAAGCAGAUUGCUAGUUUGACUGGUCUUGUUCAGUCUGCGCUUUUCAAAGGGGGUAAUAAUGCCAAAGAAGUUCCUGGUGAGAAGAUAAAAGCUACACCACUUAGCAGUUCUGAGGCACAAGGUGCAACAAGUGCAGUAGCACUGAAGAGCUCUGGGAUUACUUCAGAUUCUUCCAGUGUUGUCCAACCUUCCCCGUCAUGUCAGCAGCAAAUUCAAAACAAUGUGUUUGAUUUACGGAGAAAUAUUUUUGAUCUGCGGCAGCAACUUCAACAUUUGAGACAGUCGCAGCUCGAGAACCAGGAGAUGCUCAGAGCAAUGUUCAAGAAAGCAGAGUCUGAAAUCAACAGCAGAGUUAUUGAAGCAAUGAAGAGAACAGAGGAUCCACUACAGCGACAGCGUAUAAUGGUGGAAGAAGAGAGACAGAAGUACUUGGUUGAUGAGGAGAAAAUAGUACAGCAACUAUGUGGUUUAGAGAAAUCCAUAGAUGGCCUGAGUAAGGAUGCCUCUUCAACCCAGCAAACAAUCACAUUAAAAGAUGUGGAGGAGGGUGCAGUUGCUCUGCGUCAGGUUGGAGAAUGUCUGGCAGGCCUAAAAGCCGAGUUCCCCACUUUGCAGAAUAAAAUGCGGGCAGUACUCCGUGUGGAGGUAGAAGCAGUGAAGUUCUUAAAGGAAGAGCCUCACAAGUUGGAGAGUCUACUAAAGAGAGUCAAAAGUAUGACUGAGGUGCUCACAGGUUUAAGAAGACUUGUAACUGAAGACCUUUCGAGAGGAACAGAAUCCAAACCUUCAUUGCAGAAAAGCAUCACAGAAACUGUGACCACAGUUUCGGAGUCUGAAAUGUCCAAAGAUUCUCCCUUGCAAGUUCAGGAGUAUACUAAUUUCGUGCAAGCAACUGGGCCUCAAAGCCCCUCAGGGUCACUGCAUGAGGUACAGAAUUCUGUGGUGAAAUCAGAGUCACACAUGGUCGUCCACCAGGUCCAAAGUUCUCCUGUCCAAAUUCACCAAUCUCAUCACUCCUCAGUGUUAUUGCACCCUACCCAAGGUCCUCUGAUUAUGCCCAAACAAUCCCAAAAUGCACCAGUUACCGUUCAACAGGUUCAAUCCUCUCCAGCUGUGACAAAACGAUCCCAAGAAUCAACAGAUGGAAUAACUCCAAUCCAAAGUGCUCCAGGUCACCAGUUUCAGAGCUCAUCAUCAACUACUCAAGUUUCUUCUGGUCAAAAUCUCUUCAUUGAUGAAAUUCAUGCUGCAAGUACCAAAAAGGGCAUUCACCGGAAAAUGACCAUAGAGGCAGCAGAGAGAGAGUGGGAAGAAAAAAGACAAAAUAUGAAUCAGUACGAUGAAAAAGAAUUUGAGCGACUCCUAGAGGAGGCACAGGCAAACAUGAUGAAAGGAAUCCCAAGCUUGGAAGUAGAACCUGAACAGAAAUCAAUUACAAAGCUAGAGGAACCAGAUGGGUUAAAACAACCAGAAGAGAUAAUACUGCCUGAACAAGGAAAUGAGAAAUCCAUGAAAUCUCCACCACCACCUCCACCUCCUCGCAGAUUCUAUCCACCUGGUUCUGGCCUGACGACUACAAGAUCAGGAGAAGUUAUAUUUACAGCCAGGAAAGAAGGCAACCCUGUUACUCCUGAAGAGAAUAGUUCAGCACCCCUGAAGUCACCAAGAAGUCCUGUGGAAGUGAAAGAAUUGGCUUUGACUUCUGCCCCAGUAGAAGCUUCUGCUGUCAAGGAAGAUGAGGAUGAGGGAGACCGGAUAAUGGCAGAACUACAGGCUUUCCAGAAAUGUUCAGUUACGGAUGUAAGUUCAAAAACAGUUGUUGAACAACCGAAAGUUGAAAUCCAAGCCAAAGAUGUAAGGUCCACAGCUUUAUUAUCAGCCAAAGAAAAGAAGCAGAGAUCAGGCAUUGCCGAUGAACAAGCCAUAGCCAUGGAGAGUGAAGACCAGGCACUGCUGGAUUCCACAGUGAUUCCUAAUGAUGCACCGAUGACUUCCAACGUGUUCAUAUUUCAUAAUGUUCAUUCUCAAAUAGAGUUGCAGUCACUCAAUGACACUUCUGUGCCUUCAACGUACCCAAAGGAUACAUCAAAAUACCUAGAAAAUGAAGAGACACCUAUGCCAAACAAAAUGCAUGUUCAUCAAUCUGUUGUAAAGGAGCAAAAUUCCACUCGAGAGAGAGAGUACGUGUCUGCUGUGGAAAAAAAAGAAUCUGAUACAGAUUUUAAAACAGAAAGUGAGCUCAAACAUUUUAUUUCACCAUGUACCAAACUGUCCACUCCACAGGUGAAUAUUUCAACAUCUGAGGAGGUUGUUGGACAGAACAUUCUCUCCCCACUUAUGAGAGCACACAUGACAGUACCUGCGGUACAACAUUGCACUACAAUUCUGGACCAGCAUGAUUCAGUUUCUAAUAAGUUUGGUCACCAAGGAUGGGAAAUGCCAUCUGCAGACCAGAGUUAUCAGAAGGAAAGUUACAGCCAACAGGUGAUAUUGAGACCAAAGAACAAAGGUACUGUCAGAUAUUUGGAAGAUGUCGAUUCCUCAAGUUCCUCUGGAGAAGAUUCACCAUCAAGUGAUAACAUAGCAUUUAUGAUUACAAACACUGAGGUCCAGGCUCUGUCCAGUGGAGAGGUCAUUGACCUAGUGAAUAAGAAAGGAGAAGAUAUACAGACUCUGAAUGUGGAUGCAAAUAGAGAAAUGACAGCAGGUCAGGAGGCCGGGUGUGAAGACUCCAUGCUUUUCACAGACAAAAAGCCAGUAAUUAUUAUCUUUGAUGAACCAAUGGACAUCCGAUCAGCUUACAAAAGAUUGUCAACAGUAUUUGAGGAAUGUGAUGAAGAUUUAGAGAGGAUGAUGGCAGAAGAGAGAAUAGAUGAGGAGAGUGAAGUUGUGGAACACUCCAAUGAUACAAAAACAUUAUCCGAAUCUGGAAUGAAUAAUGAUGAACUACAUUCAAACAGAAUUUCUUCCACUCCGGAUUUGGCAAAUAAUUCAGUAUGUAAUAAAUCCAGUGGUCACGACCACGAUAUCCAACUUAGUUCUGCUGAAAUUAAUGCACCGAAAGAAAGUAAAUCUGAUCCAAUAGAAAGUGAUGACACCAAAUCAGCUUGUGCAGAAAGCUUGCUUACAAAUAAGGCAGAUAACAAGAAGAAGUUUAAAUUCAAAUUCCCUAAAAAACAACUCGCAGCGCUGACCCAAGCUAUUAAAACUGGUACAAAGACCGGGAAGAAAACCCUGCAGGUAGUGGUUUAUGAAGAUGAAGAAGAACUUGAUGGAACAGUGAAACAGCACAAAGAAGCUAAACGCUUUGAGAUUGUACAAGCAAAUUGCAAAGAUGAAGCCUCUACCAAAACCAUGCAAUCAAAGCAACAUAACUCCACUGAUGUGAUACCUAAUUCUUUCAGAACCGAUCAGAUUCGAAAGAAUACUUACAAGACCUUAGACAGUCUUGAACAAACUAUCAAACAAUUAGAAACAACAAUCAGUGAAAUGAGUCCAAAGGAAGAAGACUACAUAAACUACCCUUCUCAAAGCUCUGAAUUAUCUCAAGGGGCUAUGUCAUGGAAUGAAAUCAAAUCUACUGAACAACUAUUGCUUUCCUCUGCAAAGGCACCUCAAAAUACCAAGACCAAACCACCACUACUUCCAAAAAUCUCCACAAAAACCAGUGAAUCACAGAGUUCACAUCUGAUGUCCCCAAGCAGCAGAAUGCCAGUUUCCGUAGGAUCAAAACUAAGGCAUCAACAAGGAACUACUGAAAAGGUGACAAAACAAAAGCUUCAGGACCCCCAGCGACAGUUCCGACAGGCUAAUGGAAGUGCUAAGAAAGCUGGUGGGGAGAGUAAGGUUACCUCUCCUACUUUACCUGCUUCUAAGAUCCCUGCCCUAUCUUCUAGCUCUGGGAAAAGUAGCUCUGUGCCUGGUCCAAGCAAUGACAACACUAAUCAUCUCAAUACUUCCAGUAAAUAUCCCUUAUCUACUGCUAAUUCUGUCGCUCCAACUGCUGGCCGUAAUGUUCAAAUUCCAUCUGUGUCCCAUAUCCCUUCUACAUCUAAUGGCUCCCUUAAGCUUCAUGCUCAGAACUCUGCCUUAACAGGCAGAGGUCAGCCUCUUUCAUUCCCACUACACACUCCAAAUGGUAGGCCCUCUCCAUCAUCUUCAUCCCCUUCCACCUCCCCAGUUUCUCCCACCUCACUGACUCAAGGUGCAAAGAGCAUCCGGACGAUCCAUACCGCUAGCUUCGCAAGCUACAAGCAACAGAACGUGAACCAGAGCAAAUUCACCAUGGCCGCUGUCAAAGAAACUGCAUAGAGGCAGCACGUUGGAACCCGUCCAUCUUUCAUUUUCUUUUGGUUUUCAAUAAUUUGCAGCAGGAUGCUACUAAUUUCAUUAUGAUUUUGUAAAGUUCCUCAGUGUGCAUUCAGCAGAGUCAGAAUUAACAGGUCUUUGUACAUUGCAAAUGCCAAUUAAUAUUCCUUGAAAUCAUGCAAGGAAUUGUGAAGGACACCUGCAUUGUUUCUCUUGUAAAUAAUUGUUCUACCUAACCAGAUUUAAAAUCAGGUGGUAUAAUAAAAAGUUGCACAUUAAGACAUUAUGAACCUAAUAGCGAAGGCAUUCAUCUGCUGGCAAUUUUAUUUCAAACACAUUGUUUUGAAUACAGAGUACUUUUUCAAUUUGCACAGUUGAUAUUGCUUUAACUAUUGUAAAGUUUGAAUAAUGAACAUUUGGGGUGGUGACUCAAGACUCACAUAUAAACUAUUCCACACCAAGACCUUAAGAAUAUGGAUGGAAAAACCUGAAGAAUUAUACCAGAUUUAAGAUGAUAUUCAGUAUAGGUCUAAAGGUGAAAAGGUAACUGCACAUACAUAGUUUGCACUGAAUUAUACCUACUCAACAUAUUUGUUUUUGGAUAUCUCACUAUAUUAAUAUGCUAUAAACACUUUUAUUUAAUAGUUGUUUCUUAACCGUUGGCAGUUGCAUUUCCUCUGCAGCUAAGAAUACUAGGUCAAGAGUAGCUGCCUGUUGCUUAAUGUAUGAUCUUUCGCAAUUUUUUAAUAACCAUACUUAGCCACACAUUUCAUUGAGGCAAAAAAGUAAUCAAUAUUCCAAAUAAGUCAGCAAUUUCCAUGAUUGAAAGUGCUUAUAAAUAAUUAAUGUUUCACAUGGCGAUGAAAAGGGGCAGGUAAUGCAGUUUAAACAUAUGAUUUGGAUGAAUGCGAGACUAGUGUAUUGUUGUAGAUAUUUUCUCUUGUACUGCCAUUCCCUCAAAAAAUAAUAAAGACAUAAGUAUUGCUUUUUUAAGAGUGACGGGUGAAAAACUGUUUCCUAUUUUGCAUCAAUGUUUAUGUAUAACUGACUUUACUUUCUAAUUUCUCCAAAGUUGUGUUUUUCUACCCCAUUUAAUAGUCUUUAAAAUCUAGUUGUAAAAUUGUUUUCUAAAACUGAUUUUGCCUAUUUUUCAGGAAAGUCAAUGAUAGUUUGUUAGUUGCAGUUGCUUAUUAAGGAUUGUUAACCCACACUGAGAGUUGUAAAACUGGUAUAUUUUGUGUGUGUGUGUGUGUGUAUUAAGCUAUACAUAUAUAGAUAUAUACAUACACACAUAUAUCUGCUUAUAAAUCUGCAGGGAUGCUUAUAGUUUUCACUCUAGUACCAAAGUUUGUUUAUUUGCAUGCCUUUUUAUUAGAAGAUAUAUUUUAAGAAACAAAUGGGUAUAUGUGAUCUAUAAGAUGGGGCAUGUUUGCACAUCCAGAGGUUUUUGUACAAAGUUUUGUUAUUUGUAAAACAUAUUAUAUUGUAAAAAUAUAGCAUUGUGGUGAACUGCAGACUCUAGCCUUGUGAAGAAGCAAUGAAAUAAAAGGCUGCAUGCUUGUA